AUGUCUCCCCAAGUUGGAGUUAUCCCUCACUUCCUCCUCUUCCUCCUCUUCGUCUCCUCCUCCUGCGGGGAUUCCUCUGACCAGGUGAGAAUUUCUCCCUCCCUUCCGCUCUCUCUCUCUCUCUCUCUCUCUCUCUCUCUGCUAGGGUUUAUGGCUUCCAUAUCAUUGUUCUUCUGAUGAGAUGGGGGUCCCCAUCUGCAGCGGCGGUCGUCGGUCGCGGCGGCGGCGGAGAUGCGGCCGGUGGCGGGGCCGGGGAUGGAGUCACUGGUGCUGAACGAGACCCGCCGGCGGCUCCGGAGCUUCCAGAUAUGCGCGGUGUGCACCUGCUGCGGGGGGGAUCGGGGCCUUUGUCUUCCCUCUCCCUGUUGCUACGCCAUCAACUGCAACAUCCCCAACAGACCCUUCGGCUUCUGCUCCUUCACCCCCAAAUCCUGUAACUGCUUCGGCUGCUACCUCUGA